UCAGAAUAAAGGGGGCUCACGAUUUGUCCUAUGAGUCUUGCUGACGGCUCAAUGCUCUAGUACAGAGCUACUGCUGACUUUGGUGACUGAGCCUUCCAUCAAUCAGUGAAUUUGAUUUUGUUAUCCUGGUGUUCCAAGGCUUUGCACUGGCUGACCUACAGCCAUGGAGGUGGCCCUAGUAGACUUUGAGAGCCUAGAGGACCUUGAUGGCAGCCUUGACGAUGAGGUGGACACCUAUGCUGAUGAGACCACAGCUCUCACAGUGGACAUGUCCCCAGAGCACAACAGCCCAGAUGUCAGCUACCAUUUGCGAGCCCCUCAAUUAUCCCCCACACUCUCCCCUUACAGCCCUAGGCCUUCCUAUAUUUGGGAAUCCACCUCAUCUUCACCCAUUCCACAAACACAGAUGCUGGGAGUACCUCAGUCCCCAACAAUGCCUUCCCCAGGCAGAAAGGGGCGUAGUAGCUGUGCCAGUAUGAUCUCCAACUGGAAAAUGCUAUUAAACAGCGAGGGAGUCAAAGAGAGUGAGACAAUCUUCAGUAGGCUUGCUAAGGAAUGCUGCGAGGAUCUGUUUGUAGAUAAACGAGGGCUGGAUGAUGGCGAUCAGAAAGUCAUCAUCAACAUUGCUGGGCUUCGUUUUGAGACACAGCUCAAAACAUUGGACCAGUUUCCUGACACACUUUUAGGACACCCUUCGAAGAGGAUGGACUACUUUGAUCCAAUGAGGAAUGAGUACUUCUUCGAUCGGAACCGACCAAGCUUUGACGGGAUCUUAUAUUACUACCAGUCUGGGGGUAAAAUCAGAAGACCAGCUAAUGUUCCCCUAGAUGUUUUUGCUGAUGAAAUUGUGUUCUACGAGCUUGGACAUGAUGCCAUGGAGCAGUUCAGGGAAGAAGAAGGAUUUCUAAAAGAUGUGGAAAUUCCACUCCCAACCAAUGAUAUAUAUCGGCAAUUGUGGCUGCUGUUUGAGUACCCAGAGAGCUCCAACGCAGCACGAGGUGUAGCACUGGUGUCUGUCCUGAUUAUUGUGAUCUCCAUUAUUAUAUUCUGCAUGGAAACGCUACCAGAAUUCAGAGAUGACGCUGACAUAGUGGUGCCCACAGCAAUAUUGCCUUUCAACCAAUCUAGAAGUUACCCCUCUGGUUCUGGUGGAAGGCUCACAACUUUCUCUGAUCCUUUCUUCUUCAUAGAGACUACCUGCAUUGCUUGGUUCUUUUUUGAGCUCUGCAUUCGAUUUGGAGUUUGCCCAAGCAAAAGUGAAUUUUUCCAUAACCUCAUGAACAUCAUUGACAUCAUAUCCAUCAUCCCCUAUUUUGUAACUCUGAUAACAGAGCUGGUUACAACGCCAGAAGAGAGCUCUGGACAGAACAUGUCUUUGGCUAUCCUGCGCAUCAUCCGCCUGGUUAGGGUGUUUCGUAUAUUUAAACUUUCACGUCACUCUAAAGGAUUGCAGAUCUUGGGACAGACUCUGAAAGCCAGCAUGCGUGAGCUUGGUUUGCUCAUCUUCUUCCUCUUCAUUGGAGUCAUCCUGUUCUCCAGCGCUAUCUACUUUGCUGAAGUAGAUGAACCUAACACACAGUUUGUCAGCAUACCUGAUGGUUUCUGGUGGGCUGUAGUCACCAUGACCACUGUAGGCUAUGGAGACAUGUGCCCUAUUACCAUGGCGGGUAAGAUAGUGGGCACCUUGUGUGCCAUCGCAGGUGUACUGACCAUUGCUUUGCCUGUUCCUGUCAUUGUUUCCAACUUCAACUAUUUCUACCACAGAGAGACAGAAGCUGAGGACAAGCUUCCCUUGUCAGAUACUCUUGAGCAAGCCAUUAAGGCUGAAGAAACCAAACAGGGAAGUAAUAGUUCACUCAAUAAAACCAAUGGUAUCUGGCAGAGUGAAGGGAAAUUGUUGUAGAAGAAUGUGGAAAUUUGGCAUGAUUUAUUUUUAGUGUAAUGAAAGCCCUCAAGGAAUGACAAUAUGGAAGCAAUUAAAUGAGUUGUUUCUGUAAAAUACAUCAUUUUUAUUGACCAACAGCUUGUAUUACAUUUACCUCUUUUUUUUUUUUUUAUGUAACAUGGC